UUGGUGCGGUGGUGGCUCGCUGGCGCCGUUGGUGUGCGGCGAGCGUGGGCGCAGUGGGUGCAGCGAGUGCGCAGCGCAGCCCUCUUGGCUGGGCGAUGGGCAGCUCGCAGAGGCUGGCAGCGGCUGCGGCCGUCUCCCACGCCAAGCACUACUACAACCACACUCAGCCGACUGUCACGCAGACGGAGCCAAUGCAUUAUAAUGUCAAUGUGUUCUUUGUAAGUGCGACACUUUGUGGCGUGCUGGUGGCGGUGUGCGCGGCGUGCUGGCGACGCACGCCUUCAGACAAGCCAGAGGACGUGAGCGACUGCCGCGGCGUCUACACAGUCAGCUCAGACGCACGAUUACAGGUUCAAGUAGAGCUGCCAGGCCCGCCGCCGGCUUACGAGACCGUCGUCGAGGACACGACCGAUCAUAAGCCGUGUCAUUCGUUACAGGAGGUGAUAACGGAACCAUGUCAGCGAUGUCAGGCAGGUCGCGUCGACAGCGGCCUGCCUUCUUAUGAAGCGGCGGUGCUACUGCGCGACACCAAGUUAUAAUAUGCUUUAUAGAUCUUCGAAACACAUAUGUGACAUCGCACCAAACAUACUAUAAUAAUAUGUGUAGAAUUAUAAAUACGUAUUAUAAGGGUAGAUACAUUAUGUUUACUAUGAGAGUGACAUGUGGAAUAUGAGAAUUUCGUAAGAAAAUUAUAUGAGAAAGUUGUAUGACCUCUAAAAAUAUGAA